UAUUUCCGAACGGUUAAAAAAGAGGGGCAAACAAAAAAAGUAAGAAUCCUCUGAAUGCCCAAAUUCCCAACACCAGACUGCCAUAACACUAUUUCCUUUCGUUCUUUCUCCGCUAUUAGCCUGAAAAAUCUCUCCGAUAUUCAUUCAGUUUGCUACAAAUCCAAGCACUUAAUACACCGUAAUUGGUAACACUAUUAAUAAUUUUCUUAAGAGCAACUGAGUUAGGGUUUACGAGUCGCCAUGGCCGAUUUCCAGACCUCAACUCACCGAAGCAAGUGGAUCUUCACUCCUGAACAGCUGGUUGAAAAAUACAAAGCCGCUAACCAAAGAGCAAUACAAGCAUUAGAAAAGUAUGGAGCAACGCUUAUGGAAGUAGAUAUUGAUGGGUCACUGUCGUAUCCUGAACCUCAAACUAAUGCAAAAGAUACUGCUGACAAGCAUUCUCGUCCAAAACCACUUAAUAUUGAAGAAGAGCAAUACAUGCGAGUUUUCUAUGAGAAUAAACUUCAAGAAGUUUGUAACAACUUCCACUUUCCUCAUAAAAUCCAGGCAACAGCUCUUAUAUAUUUCAAAAGGUUUUAUCUUCAAUGGUCAGUCAUGGAACAUCAUCCAAAAAACAUUAUGUUAACUUGCAUUUAUGGGGCUUGUAAGAUAGAAGAAAAUCAUGUUUCAGCUGAGGAGCUCGGUAAGGGGAUCUCGCAGGAUCAUCAAUUGAUUCUCAAUAAUGAGAUGAUAGUUUAUCAGAGUUUAGAAUUUGAUCUUAUUGUUUAUGCACCCUAUCGCUCAAUUGAUGCUUUUGUCAAUGAUAUGGAGGAAUUCUGCCAAGCAAAAGAUGACCAGCUUCAUAUGCUGAAGGCUUUACAUGAAACUGCAAGAAUGGAAGUUGAUAAAAUCAUGCUUACUGAAGCACCACUUCUAUUCCCUCCUGGACAGUUGGCAUUGGCUGCUUUGCGUGGUUCGAAUGAGGUGCACAGAGUUCUUGACUUUGAGAGAUACCUGAGGAGCAUUCUCUCUCGUCAGAGUUCUGCACAUUCCAUUUCAGAGCUCAUUGAAUCUCUAAAUGCAAUAGAUUCCUGGGUAAGGAGGUAUAAGUUCCCUUCAGAAAAAGAUUUGAAGCACAUCAACCGGAAGCUGAAAUCUUGUUGGGGUCUUAGCUCGCAUGACGAGGGUAAGAAACGGGAGAAGAAAUCAAAACACAAGUCAAAGAAGAGUUCAAAUGAAACACAAAACAUGCAAUCGUAAUGUAUCUUGGUAUCUCACCAUGAAGCUGGCUCAUUUCAGAGUCCUCGAGCAAGAAUAGGUGCAUUUUGAAGUGAAAUUUCUUACCUAUUCUGUAAUCAGUAUUCUAUUUUUCUCAUUUAUGGCCAUUGUUUUGUUCUGAAACCAAUUAAUUAAAUUUUGUUUAGCAUCAAAAUAUAUCAUGGGUAAACCUUUAUAUAUACUAUUAUACCA